AUGAAGUUCCUUGCCACCUUCGCCGCCGUCGCGCUCUGCGCUCUCGUCGCUGCUGCUCCAGCUCCGGUUCCUGCACCUUUCGAGGUCAAGGACAUCUCGACCCGCGGCGCCCCAGUUGAUCCCGCCACUGGCAGCGACCUCGCUGAGAACGCCAUCGUGUGGAUCAUCCUCGCCUACUCCGACGAAGCUGAGGGUUCCGACACAUUGACCAAGCGCGAGGAGCCUACCGAGCCCCUCACUAGGGAGUCGGAGAUCAUCCUUCUCUUGGUGAAGGCCUACGGCGAUGAAGUCCCCGAAGCGGACAAGCUCGACAAGCGCGGAUUGCACGAACUGGCAAGGCGUGCUGCCGUGCCUGAGGAGAAGCUUACCAACGAAAACGAGAUUAUCCUUCUUCUGGUCAAGGCUUAUGGUGAUGAGGUCGAAGGUGCCGAUGUGGCUAAGCGUGGUGUCACGGCUAAGCAGAUGUCUGCGGCCAAGCGUGCUCUUAUCCAAAAGCUUCGAGCUUAG